ACUUUGCCCCCCCCAAAAGAAAAAGACACGCUUUUCUUUUCGCUUUGAAUUUGCUUUCUCGCAUCUCUCACUUUCAUUAUCUUCUUGAUUUAAUUUCAAUGGAGACUCCAUCAUCAACCAAAAGAGAGACAAGGUCGCAGACUCUGGCUGCUCUUAAUAACAACGAUAACAACAUUCCUAUUUCAAGUAGGAUCGAAGAUUCCGAGAAAGGUGUUUCAAAAUCAACAAGAAGUGGAAAACAGCAACAAGAUCGCUCUGCGCUUAUUGAUAUAACAAACGAUUCACCAAUUGUUGGAGUUGCUAUGGGUAGCUUAGAGACCCCGGCAUCAGCCAUAGCCAAGCAGAGAAGCAAUAGAGUCAAGAUCAACUAUACACCCGGCUCUGGUGAGGCAAAGCUUAGGGGUCAAGUGAAGACCCUCUUGCAGAAAGUUGAAGAAGAGGCAGAGCUGUCAAAGGUCGCAUUAGAGAACCGUCCCUUUCUUCGUAUUCAAGGAUUUGCUAAUUCUCCAAUGGGACUUCUUGCUCCGACUCCGGUUAAUACGCCACAAGUCCCUAAUCUCUCUGAAGCUGAUGGAGGCAUUGACUGCACUACUCCUUUGUCGGUAGUUGAAGAACCAUUGCUUUUUUGUCAGGUGGUGAGUGAUAUCUUUGAUGGGAAGAAGGAGGGUCUUGAAUCUCAAAAGAGUCUAACAAGGUCUUUAAUGCUGGACUUUUCUGAGAAAUCUGAAAUCACUGAUGCAUCGUCAGAAUGCCCCUCUGUGGUGACCACUCGCGAAGUAGACAAGUCACUGACAUCAGAUGAUGACAGCGCUUCUAACUGGUCCAUUCUGGUUAAUGCAAGCACCCAUGAAGAAGAAGAAGAAGAAGAAGAGGAAGAAUAUUACGACCCUUAUGAUUAUGAAGACGGUGAUGAUGGAGGUUUGGUUGAUGCACUGUGUGAAGGUAUUGGCAAGAUAAGGUUUAGCGAGAAUAAUACAAUGGCUGCUAAAUUCAGAGGGAAGCAUACAAGAUUUAGAUACAACAGUGAUGAUGAGGUAGUUGAAGAAGAAGAAGUGGUAGAAGACGCUGCCUUUCAACACCAAAUGUUCUUCACUUGAAGGGUCUGCCAACUCCUAAAGGGAGGCACCUGCGUUUUCCUGAGGAUGAAGACGACGGCGACGAUUGAAUUGAGUUGGUGGUGUUGUGUCUAACUCGACACAUCUUUGGGAUUUGUUAUUUUUUGGUCUCUUUCUUUUAUUGACACACCACAAAUUGAAGUGGUUCCUGGAGAAUAAUACAAUGUUUCUUUGAAUGAA